AUGUGGAAUGUGGGUAGUGGUUAUGAUCUUUUCGACCGAAAAGAAGGGAUAGUACGUAUUUUUCGUUGGGGAUUUCCUGGAAAAAGCCGUCGUAUCUUUUUACGAUUCCUUAUAAAAGAUAUUCAGUCCAUCAGAAUCGAAGUUAAAGAGGGUGUUUCUGCCCGGCGUGUCCUUUAUAUGGAAAUUCGAG